CCCAUCUUAAACUACUGCUAUAGUCGAUGGACAUUAAUUCUUACAAAUAAAUUCUGCUGGAAAAUAUAUUACAUAGAAUCUUUUAAAAAUGAGUGAUUUCCGCGACGAUAGUGUAAAAACUAUUAAUCAAAAAAUUGAUAAUAAAUAUAUACCACUUACUCCACAAGAAGGAUUAGCACCACUUAGUCCAUAUUUAAAUUUUGAUCCGUCGUAUCUUCCACCACGAGAUCCACAAUAUAUAUUUCCAGAAGGAGCUGUAAAACAACGAGGACGUUUUGAGUUAGCGUUUGGUCAAAUAGGUGCUGCGUGUAUAAUAGGAGCAGGUAUUGGUGCUAGUACCGGUUUAUAUAGAGGGAUUAAGGCAACAGCUUUAGCUGGACAAACUGGUAAACUCAGAAGAACACAGUUGAUUAAUCAUGUUAUCAAAAAUGGAUCAGCUCUAGCAAAUACACUGGGAGUAAUAACGGUAAUGUACAGUGGUUUUGGUGUUCUUUUAUCUUGGGCAAGAAGUACAGACGACUCCUGGAAUACAUUAACAGCAGCAACAGCGACUGGCAUGUUAUUCAAAUCGACAAGUGGUUUAAGAAAAUGUGCUUUAAGCGGCUGCCUUGGACUAGGAAUAGCAUCUUUAUAUUGCUUAUGGAAUAACAGGAAUUCACUUUCACAGUUAAGAUAUGGUGUUAAUCCAGCAUAAGAUUGCGUGUAUAAUUGUGGAAAGCCCUUUAGUCAAAUUCUAUCUACCCUUAAUUGUUCCUUAUCGUGUCCCAUUCUCACAUUUAAUAAAAAUUAAAUAUUUCAAUGUAUCUGUAACUCUUGAGAUACAUAGAAAUAGACAUAUUCGUCUAUUUUUUAUUUUAUUGUCUUCUAUAUACUAGUAUAUACUAGUAGUCGCAUAUAAUAUAGUAGUUAUUUAACACAAUUAAAUGAUAUAUUAACUAUUUCUAAUUGUAAGUAUAAUUAUUCCAAAUUUACAAUAUUUCAGGGUGUGAAUGAAUUAAAUGUACUAAUAUUUACAUUUGUUAUAUAAAUAUUUGAAAUGAUCAAAUAUUACUAAAAUAACGAAUAUUGAUCAGAUGUAUACUAUUAUAUACUAUGAAAGACAAAUACAGUUUAUAUUAGUUUAUCGCUAAAGGCUCUUAAGAGACAUUUUUUUUUCU